AUGGACGUGGACAUGGACGUGGACGUGGACGUGGACAUGGACGUGGACGUGGACGUGACUGGACACGUGGACGUGGACAUGGACGUGGACAUGGACGUGGACGUGGACGUGGACGUGGACAUGGACGUGGACAUGGAUGUGGACAUGGACGUGGACAUAAACGUGGACAUGGACGUGGACAUGGACGUGGACAUGGACGUGGACAUGGACGUGGACAUGGACGUGGACAUGGACGUGGACAUGGACGUGGACAUGGACAUGGACGUGGACGUGGAAAUGGACAUGGACGUGGACGUGGACAUGGACGUGGACAUGGACGUGGACAUGGACGUGGACGUGGACGUGGACAUGGACGUGGACGUGGACAUGGACAUGGACAUGGACGUGGACAUAGACAAGGACGUGGACAUGGACGUGGACAUGGACGUGGACAUGGACAUGGAUAUGGACGUGGACGUGGACGUGGACGUGGACGUAGACAUGGAUAUGGACGUGGACAUGAACGUGGACAUGGACAUGGACAUGGAUAUGGACGUGGACAUGGACGUGGACAUGGACGUGGACAUGGACGUCGACGUGGACAUGGACGUGGACGUGGACGUGGACGUGGACGUGGACAUGGACGUGGACGUGGACAUGGACGUGGACAUGGACGUGGACGUGGACGUGGACAUGGACGUGGACGUGGACGUGGACAUGGACGUGGACGUGGACAUGGACGUGGACAUGGACGUGGACAUGGACGUGGACAUGGACAUGGACGUGGACAUGGACGUGGACGUGGACGUGGACGUGGACAUGGAGAUGGACAUGGACGUGGACAUAGACAAGGACGUGGACAUGGACGUGGACAUGGACGUGGACAUGGACAUGGAUAUGGACGUGGACGUGGACGUGGACGUGGACGUAGACAUGGAUAUGGACGUGGACAUGAACGUGGACAUGGACAUGGACAUGGAUAUGGACGUGGACAUGGACGUGGACAUGGACGUGGACAUGGACUGA